AGUGGAUCCCAUCACGUCCCUGUCCUGCCUGUGUCCCUGGUCUUACCCUGGUCCCGUGUCCUCAUUCGUCGCCUGGUCCGUCCUCAUUUCUUGCCCGACGCGUUCUUUUCUUUUUACGACACAAGAGGAACUUCCUCAACCAUCGUCCUCCCAUCGCUGUCGUCUUUUCAAACCCCCUUGAAAGCGCCAGAAGCCGACACUCGGCGAAAGAAAAAAAGUCGACCAACCUGACCAACCAAUUCCCCGACGCUGGUAUCUGGUACUGUACCACCACGCCGCACGCCGAGACCCUUUUCAGCCCAGCCCAGUCAAGCCAAGCCUACAUAUCCAGUCCGCGCGAGUGA